GUGUGAAAUUUCAGUAAGACUAGUUUAUUUAUUUUGUUUUGUGCACGUUUAAAGAAUAUAUGACGCAUUUUUACCGAAAUGGAAAUAAUCUAGAUUCGUCACCAAGGCCCAAGAUGAUGAACUACCGCAAGGCUCAGAACGUGGAGCAGGAGCUGAACAAAAGCGACCUGCCCUUCGAGGACUGCCUGCCGAACUCCCAGAAGGAUUUCCUGUGGAUGCAUGUGAAGGGCGGCACUGACGUGAGCAAUGUGAUUGGGUUCGCCCAGGCGGCGCUCAACAAAGGCGAGCACCGAAUCGUGGUGUGGAGCGGCUCCGGGGGCGGAGUCGGCAAAACGAUAUCCUGCGCCGAGGUCCUCAAGCGGAGCCACCCCCUCUUCCAGGUGACGCGAAUGGCCUACACCAGCGUGGAGGAGCACUGGAAGCCGCUGAUGGAAGGGCUCGAGGAUCUCGUUGUCAACCGACAGAUACCCACCCUGCACAUCCUUAUGAGCCUGGACGAGCUGCCGGACAGUAUAGACGGACUGCAGAAGCCCAACACACAGACUGAUUUUUGGGAGGACGACGAGUCGCGGCCUCAGCAGCAGCGCCGCCAGCCGGAACAGAAGCCGCAGGGUCCUGGCGGACGUCAGAACAAGCGACCCAGGCCCGGUCGCAAUAAGCCCGCCCAGCAGGGAAAGCCUGUUCCGGAGGGGAAUCAGGCCACAAGCUAAUGCCAAGGUUGAUUUGUAAGGAUAUGCAAAUAAAGACGAGUUUAUCAAAAGCA